AUGUCCAAGUCUCCAGACAUCGUAAGCGAUGUCGACAAGCCCAUCCUUGAUAAUGUGGAAAUAAUCGCCAACGCCGACAAACCCAAUGCACAAAAAGAAGCACCAGCCUCCGUCGCCAACCUGACAGCCGAAGAGCGCACCAAAGCCGAGAUGGCUCUCGUGCGCAAGAUCGACAUCCGGUUACUCCCCAUGAUCAUUAUCAUGUAUAUCUUGAACUACCUUGACCGGAACAACAUCGCCUCAGCCCGACUAGCAGGUCUAGAAGAGGAUCUGGGUCUUGUGGGCAACCAAUUCGCAACCUGCGUCAGCAUCCUGUUCGUCGGAUAUCUGCUCAUGCAAAUCCCGUCUAACCUGCUGCUGAACAAAUUCGGCAAGCCAGCACUUUACCUACCCAUAGCCAUGGUCCUCUGGGGAAUCAUCUCCACCGCAACGGCUGCAGCUGAAAGCUACGCUGGCCUGGUAGUCAUUCGAUUCUUCCUUGGUUUUGUCGAGGCAGCCUACUUCCCAGGUUGUCUGUACUUUCUGAGCGCGUGGUACACGCGGAAAGAGUUAGGGUUCCGCACUGCAGCCCUGUACUCUGGAUCUUUGCUAUCUGGUGCUUUCUCGGGUCUCAUUGCUGCUGGAAUCACCAGUAACAUGGAUAAUGUGCUUGGAAUGCGUGCUUGGAGAUGGCUCUUCAUCAUCGAAGGCGCUGUCACAAUUGUUGUUGCAUUUGCAGCUAUUUGGAUCCUCCCCAAUUUCCCACGUACCACAAACUGGCUAUCAGAAGAAGAGAAAGAGCUGGCCAUCUGGCGACUGGAAGAGGACAUCGGCGAAGAUGACUGGGUGGACAGUGAGCAGCAGACUUUCCUACACGGCGCCAAGCUUGCUGUCGUGGAUAUCAAGACGUGGAUUUUGAUGCUCAUGAUCUUGUGCAUUGUCUCAUCUGCCUCUGUUACCAACUUCUUCCCCACCGUCGUCAAAACCCUCAAUUAUGGAAAUAUCGAAACCCUUCUACUCACGGCACCACCUUACUGUCUGGCCGUCAUUUGCGCCUUCGCCAACGCAUGGCAUGCCGAUCGUACAGGGGAGCGAUACUUCCAUGUCACGGCACCGCUAUACAUCUCCGUCAUCGCGUUCAUCAUCGCUGCCACCACGACAGCCACAGCACCACGCUACGUCGCAAUGAUGCUCAUGGUGCCGUCUUUCUACGCCGGAUACGUCGUUGCCCUAGGCUGGAUCUCCAAUACAUUACCUCGUCCUGCGUCUAAGCGUGCCGCUGCCCUUGCUGCUAUCAACUGCGUCAGUAAUGCCAGCAGCAUUUAUGCUAGCUACAUGUAUCCUGAUAGCCAUGCGCCUCGCUUUGUUCCUGCCAUGUCCGUGAAUUGUGCAACGGCAUUCGUCGCUAUUGUAUCUGCCACUGUGUUGCGAUUCAUGCUCGUCCGUCUAAACAAGCAGCUCGAUCGCGGCGAGGAGGUCGAGGGUGCUGUUCCUGGCGAAGGAAGCCGUCGUGGAUUCCGCUUCUUGGUUUAA